UUCUCUCUCCCAGGGACUACUACCUCUCGGCCGCCACCUGGCUCAGCGCCACCGAGGUGUCCGUCGUGUGGAUGAACCGGCCGCAGAACCUGUCCAUCAUCUCCAUCUGCAAGAGCCCCACCUGGGCUUGCGUCGAGACGCAGCGCGUGUCCAACGAGGCGCGGGGCUGGGUGGACGCGCAGCCGCCGCCGCUGUUCGCGCCCGACGGCAACAACUACGUGACCAUGGCGCCGGUGCGCGACGGCGCCGCGGGCUUCUUCCGCCACAUCGUGCACGUCAACAUCACGCGCAAGCGCGUCGUGCCGCUCACGCACGGCAAGUUCGAGGUGGCGCGCAUCCUGGCCUGGGACCACCAGCACCAGCAGGUGUACUACCUGGGCGUGCCCGAGGGCCGGCCGGGCCAGCUGCACCUGUACGUCGUGGGCUCGGCGGCGCUCGGGCAGGGCGAGGCGGCGCCCGUGCCGCGCUGCCUCACGUGCACGCCCGACAAGGGCGAGGCCGGCGGGAGCACCAGCAGCUACUACAACCAGGCCGCCACGGACACGGCCAGGACCGAGGACGCGGGCCAGGACGAGUGGGACGACCUGGAGCACUCGACGGAGCCGCCCGUCACCACGCAGCAGCCCACCAGGAAGAAGGAGAAGACGGCGCCGGUGCCGCGGGUCGAGGAGAUCCUGGUGCGGCCGUGCCUGUACCACAACGCCGUGUUCAGCCCCAAGCUCACCUACUUCGUGCUGGAGUGCAAGGGCCCGGGCAUCCCAAACGCGCGCCUGUUCCGCACCCGGGCGCCUCGCAACCGCACCGCCGAGACCCACAGUCCGGGCCACGCCCCGAGCUACGGCCAGGGCCAGGGCCAGGGUCAGGCGCACCAAGGCCACGCGCCGGGGCACGGCCAGGGCCACCAGGGCCACGCGCAGGACGGGCCGGACCACGCGCCCCUCUUCCUGGCCACGCUGCAGAACAACACCCGCCUGCAGGAGCUGGCGUCCAAGAUGGCGCUGCCGCAGGUCAAGACGUUCCCCGUGCAGAUCUCGGGCGGCUACUACGCGCAGGUGCGUCUGCACCUGCCGCCCGGCCUGCGCGAGGAGGAGAUCACCCGCUACCCGCUCGUCGUGCAGGUGUACGGCGGCCCGGGCACGCAGCUGGUGACGGAGAAGUGGCGCGUGGACUGGAGCACGUACCUGGCCUCCUACAAGGACUUCAUCGUGGCGCAGAUCGACGGACGAGGCUCGGGUGGCCAGGGCUACAAAAUGAUGCACGAGGUGUACCAGCAGCUCGGCACCGUCGAGGUCAACGACCAGCUGGAGGUCACCGAGUACCUCCGGGAUACGCUGCACUUUGUGGACAAGAGGCGGGUGGGCGUGUGGGGCUGGAGCUACGGCGGCUUCGUGUCGGCCAUGCUGCUGUCCAAGGAGCAGGACGUGUUCCGCUGCGGCAUCAGCGUGGCGCCCGUCACCUCGUGGAAGCUGUACGACUCCGCGUACGCCGAGCGGUACAUGGGCGUGCCCAACGUGACGGGCAACUACAAGGGCUACAACGACGCCGACCUGACGCGGCGCGGGGAUGGCUUCCGGGGCAGCGACAAGAUGUUCUUCCUGGUGCACGGCUCGGCCGACGACAACGUGCACUUCCAGCACUCGAUGAUGCUGUCUCGCGCGCUCACCGCCGCCGGCGUGCUCUACCGGCAGCAGAUCUACCCCGACGAGAACCACAGCUUGUUUGGCGUCAAGCGGCACCUGUACCGGUCCAUGGCCAACUUCAUGGACGACUGCUUCCGGAAGCUGGUGCCCCCCGAGCGGAAGGCUGGGCUGCGCAACGGCGGCGCGCCGGGCGAGCAGUGAGGCGCCCGGACCCCCUACAUAGUCUUCCUCUCGUGCCGUAGGCGCCGUAGGCUCUCGCCCUGUCGCGUCCUUGUCUUCCAAGUCUCCCCUCAGCGGCCCGACCGCCCAUCUUAUUGUUAAGUCAUGAACUUUUCUACUUGGCCACGGUAGGUCCUUCUGCAAUGCACGUGUAGGAACUCGCCCGCCCUUCAUCCCUUCCCCCUCCCUCUUCUCUCUCUUUUUCUGCGGGCGUUUCAAUUCAUCUAUCGAUAGUGAAAAGAUACCGUUAUGGCCCCGAUUAUCUUUUCUUGACACUUCGAAGCUUGAUUACUCUUUCAGCCGUGUGCCGAAUGUUCUAGCCUGUAUAUGGAGGUGGUAUGGAUAAUUUCGUGUAUGUAAAGAGUGUUUGAAACGAUAUUCAAGCUCCUAAUCUGCAGCAAUUCACUGCGUUCUUGAAAAGUGUGGUUUUGUUUCGGCAUAUGGAUUGGCAAUGGACGGUGUCAUCACGGAAUGUCUUCCUUUUGAGGAUGGUUAUGAAAACGAUUGCAGUGCCAAAUUUGUGAUAUUUUGUGCAUUGUGCUGACGUUGAAUGUGUUGUGCACGGUAAGAAAACUAUUUGCUCAGGCUGUGUUUUCAAUUUCCUGUGUAAAAAAUGAUUAAACAAAGUUGUUAUAAUUAUUACAUUGUAAUGGUGAUUAUGAUAAUAAUUUUAAUUGAGUAAUGUUAAAUGGUACUUUCUGCUAUGACAACAGUUGCGUUGUGGCCUGCGAUAAAGUAGCUUCUGUGAUUAAAUUUUAAAAUAAAUUUUAUCAUAAAACCGUGAUUUUAGAAUAACAUAUUCUAAAACUUGCUGGAACUUAUAUACACUGAGCUAGGAACAAGUUUUGUUGCCCUCAGUCGCUCGUUUCGUAUCUACGACAGACCUUGCAGGUACAUGCUGCUUUUAAACCGAUGGAUAUGUAGAACCCGCGAAAGAAAAUUUUAAAAAAUCCUCUAUAAUUGGCACGUAUGAAAUGAACGAAACGCACCAGGCUUAAUUCGCUUAGUUUGCUUUUACCACGACAAUUUUACAAAUAAAAAAUGCGUAACAACGGUCAUUAAGAAUGUCACUGUGCAUAAUGUCAAAGGUUAACCAUGCGCCAUCUCGCGAGUAUCUUUAGUGUAGCCCUUUCAGUCAGUGGCACCUUUUCGCAUUGACAAUAAAUUGAAAACUGUGCAUUACGCUUGUGUAUUGAAAAGAUGCAAAUUUAAGAGGGCGCGGUAAUUGUGUACCAGAAAUCACGCUUCUGUAAUGUAACGGCUUGCUUACCCUACAGAAUUCGAAAUGUUCCUCUAUUUUUCUGUUUUUACGAUGCAUUGUUUUAUUGAACUGUUACGUAGGCAAUAGUUUCAAUUUUUAUCUAAGGCACCUGAAAAUACUGCUAAGCUUAGAAAACUCGAUAAUGAGCAGUAUUUUGCUGCGGCGAACGAAAUAUGUUCCUCGUUUAUUUGACAUAACUUUGUUGAUUUUAAGUCAGAGCCUUACACUGGCCAGGUAAAAUUUUAAAUGCUUAUGCCUCCAGGAUGUGGUCCAUGUCCAAUAAUUGGCUACCGGACGGUGUUUUGUUAGCGUUUGUGAUGCACUUUAACUUAAAAGUAUCGGGGCCAAAAGCACGUUGUGUAGGCUAUGUAUAAGACGAGCUACAGUUCGCUAUAGCAAUAAAAACAUGUCACUUUAAAGAACUUUAUGGAUUGAAUCUUUUGUAGCCUAGUGCAAUUUUUAUUCUAUUCUUGUCCUUAAAACAAACGCUUUUUUAAAAGAGUGGAAAAUUGCUGAAAGCAGCGCUUAAAUGCACCAAUCUGAUCAACAUAAAAUGUUAAAAUAUUCUGUCUAGCGAUCGCCUUUGAAAAUUUCCAAUUUUUUUUUAUUUCCAGAUUAAAUAGUAGGAAAUCAUCUUCAGUCAGGCUACCCAAAUAACUUAUGUACGCUCUCCUGCACUCAGGUUACGGCUACCUAAGAUGUCAGAAGCCUCGAACGUGUGUCAGAAAAGUUGCACUACCCAACAUAUCACAGGCUUUUAUGGUUACGGUGAUUAAAUUCCUUCAACGAACCAAUUGGUGUUUACAAAUCUAUUCUUAAGUAUUGUACUUGACCUAAAUAGUCUAGAAUACUAUACAAAUACAUACAAAUUAUUAUGUAUACAAUUUCUACGUGUGCUGCGCGCGUCUUUUCGUUUUCCAGCAGUGUCAUUUCUCUAUUUCAGGUAGAUAAAGGAUCGUCACUAUUUUGUAUCAUUUCUAAGCGCCAUAUCACAAUACCUCGUAAGGUCCGUUCAUCGUUCUGCAUCGAAAUAACUUUGUAAUGUACAUAUAUUUUUAGACAUAGAUAUAUUACAGUUGUUUGACGUCAUUGAAAUUUUAACUUGUUGGGGGUGUUGAUUUGGUUGGUUCAGGUGUAUUGAAACGUUUCCAGGUAAUACCCUUACUCUACAAGAGUACAUACGCAUGUAUGUGUUUUUUGUUUGUUUACGUGAACUUUUUAACCCAUUAUCAGCCUACUUUUGGCAGUGGCAAUCGAUAUUUCAAACAAAUAAGUUGAAUAAUAAGACGUUUUCUUCCUACACGAUCUAUCCAUGUGGAGUGUGUAUGUGAUACUUGAAAGUGAAGUUACACCGAAAAGAUGCGGGUAGUGUAAUGUGAGCCGGACAAGCAUCGAAGGCCUACUGAUAAUUUUCACUGUCGAUUUCAGUUUGAAUCGCGAUUAAAAAUUGGCAUAUUUUCUAUUUUGGCCACUAAUUACCGGCUUAUAAUGGGAUGGCUUAUGGUAGCUUGAUUUAGAUUUUAUGUCGGGCCACACUGCCCACUGUGAUGCUGAAAGUGAAAUAUUAUGUAGAGGAAUAGUAUCUAGAUCUAGAUCAGUACUUUCCCAAACUAUAUUCCAUAUUUUCCUUGCAUUUUAAUCUUAUCAUUUCACUAAUUGGGCAGGAAUGUUUCUCCGGCACAAUUUUUAAAAUUAGAUGAUAAUUUUAUACCUAUCCAGAUGAAUACCUCGCACGUGGUGAUGUAAUUGGAUUAGAGGGCCGCCAAAAUCUUUUUCAAGCCAGUGGCAAGGGACAAAUACUUGCUCCUUUACUCGUGUAGGAAAAAAAUCUUCUCCCAAUGAAUUAUUGAUUUUUGUGCGCAUUUCCCAGCCAGAAAUGAAAGACGAAUCAACGUCGAAGCGACGUCGAUGUUGCUCGAAAUGUACGCAAUUUUGUCUCUCAAAUCGAGGUAUCAAGGUCGAAUCGAGGUCGAAGAAAUUUUAAUUUCAGGCUGAUUUUUUACCUAUAGCUUGGAGUUAAUAUUACUUCUUUGCGCGAGAUGUGGAAAUGCUCGAUUGUACUUGUAAUUUAAUAUGAUUGGCAAAAGUUGAAUUGGAUUUGGCAACCCAUGUCCUGUGUCACGACUUAAUGCUGCCAUUACUUACGGGUACAUUGCGUUUGGUUGUGUCGUGAUGGAAGCGCAUAAAGAUUGUAAACAAAGUCGACAGUUGACUACUCUGUACCGGGUGAUUCAGAGAAGACGCAGGUGCAGGCGGCUUUGCCUACACGCUCUGUCCGUAAGGCGCCAUAGCCCCUUGGGUAGGCAAACCCGCCCGUACCUGCGUCUUCUUUUAAUCACCCGGUAUGCACUUAGUACAGACGGCGGCUGUGCACCCUAUCCUGUGGGUACAUUGGAAAAACAAUGAUACUAAAUGUAAGUCCUUUUUUUUUUUAAUGCACUAAAAUAUUAGUGCAUUAACAAAGGAACUAAAUUUUAGCUUCUUUAGGGCUCUUUACUGUCAGUUUUACAAUCCUGCCUGCAGACACUGGAAAAAUUAGUGUGAUAUGCGUCACAUUACAAGUGUGACGUCCUUCGCAUGUCGCAUUUGGUGUGACCGCAUUUUUGGUCACGUUUGUAGUGUGGCCUAUGUGUUCUGCCUAUAACUUAGUUUUUCCAGUGGAGCGUGACGAUUGACCAUUUGUGGUCACGCCGUUACCGCAUUGAAUGUGUUAAAACACAGUUUAGCUGCUCCUUUCGAGACUCACACUGGAAACGCAAGUGUGUGAAUGUCGCUCAUUUUUGUAGAUGAGCGAAUAUCCGUUCGUACACUUACGGAGGGUAAACGUUUAAAUUUUCUCAGAAAAAUUCACACGUUUACCCCCCUAAAUGUACAAAUGGAUAUUCACACACCUACAAGUGUGCGACAUUCACACACUUGUGUUUCCAGUGCAGGUAGUGCUUUGCUAAUCCACACGAACUGCGCGAAUCUUGAACAGCGCGACCGAGCUGGCUAAGUGUCGAAUGGCCCACUACCCGCAUGUCUAUAGUCCAAGGUCUCAAAGACACGCUGUUGUUAGUGUUGGUCGACUUUGUUAUUUAUCAAAAUAGUCAUGCGUUAACAACACGACCUGGGCCCAGUGAGAUAUUUUAACGUAACGGAACACCUUAAGGGGCUAAGUGGCUCUCACGAGAUGUGCGAAACAUUAUUAGUGGUAUAUUUAAAUUCGAUGCAUUAUACUGACUUAGUAAACCUUUUAGAUAAUAUUCUUAAUUCUGAUAUAGCAUAUUUCUACUUUCUUUUUAAAGUGUACAUUUUUGAGAAUUGAAUUCGCCAAAUAACCAACGACCACCUCAAUGCACUAUGUGGUGCCCAAUGUUUUUGUCUCUUAUUUGCCAGGCACACUGGUUGCAUUGUUAAAUCUUCCUAGUCUAUAUUUUGUAGUAAUAGGUAUUUCCUGGUUGUUGCGUGGUAAACUUUGUGUCAAGCGGUGCUCAAUGCCUCCCAUCUUUACCCUUCAACUUCUGGCGUUCAUUUAUUUUUUGAUCUACGUCAAUAUUUUAAACGUAUUUUAAUUUUUUCAGAUAGUAGUUGAUAGUAGUUUUAUCAGCCCUUUCUGAUUUCUUCUAACCCCUCCACGUCUAUUUUUGUAUAUCGUGAGAGUGAAGCUGCCCCACAUCCCUCUAGGGCCAUAAUAGGGGUGCUUUCUGGGUAAAAAGUUACACAAGUCGGGUGAGCCCCCUUUUUAUAUAAACACUGAACUAGAUGAGAACAGAUUUUAUGUAUGAUUUUGUACCCGCAAGAUGCAUACUGUAUAUUUCAUUUUAGCUUCCUAAGAUUCAGGUAAAUGACUUGAAUGUUUGACACAAACGUUUACCUCUCCAAUGUUCUAUUGUGAUCCUUUAAAAUUUGAUCAAUUACCAAAUUAUGCGACGUUACUCUCGUAGGAAUACACUUCUGUCGUUUCUAUUAUACUGUACAAAAGUAUUAAGUUUAAACUUAUGUCAUUUCCAUGAAAUUUACAAUAUAUACUAAUUAGGUUUAAAUGCUAAACUUGUUACGUUUUUGAGAAAAUUUAAAAGUCUACACAUUCUUAGAAAAAAUAUAGCGUAUACACUAAUUUGA